AUGACAAAACAAGCGAACGAAUUCGUGACCGAGUGCAAGUCAUCCUUGGCACGAGGGGUAGCAGUGGCUAGCGAUCUUCUAGUUGACCGAGCGGUGGGCUGUUACGUCUAUAUGACGGAUGGGCAAGCGUAUCUGGAUCUUGCUUCGGGUAUUGGCGUUACGAGCACCGGCCAUUGUCAUCCUACCGUAGUGAAGGCGGUUCAAGAGCAGGCCGCCAAAAUUUCGCACGCCCAAGUAAACAUGUUUUAUCAUCAACCCAUGUUACAGCUGGUGCAGAGACUCCGGUCCAAGGUGCCGCCGUCCCUGGAUACUUUCUUCUUCUGGAAUUCCGGAUCCGAGGCUGUUGAAGCCGCGGUCAAGUUAGCUCGGCAAGCAACCAACAAACAGAAUAUCAUUGUUUUCUCCGGAGGCCACCAUGGUCGCACUAUUGGAGCGAUGGCCUUGACAAGCUCCAAAAGUAUCUUUAGCGCUGGGUUUGGUCCUUUGAUGUCAGGUGUCCACACGGUAGAUUUUCCCUAUGAGUUUCGUUGUCCAGCCAAGGAUCAUGCGCCAUGUCACACAGGCCAGCAUUGUGUGGAUGAAACGUUGCGCCAACUGGAGCUUCUGCUUCAGCAAAGAACAGCUCCCGAAGAAACAGCAGCUAUUUUGCUCGAACCUGUUCUUGGCGAAGGUGGCUAUGUACCAGCUCCUCCAGGCUUUUUCCAAGCUCUACGUACAUUUUGCGACCGUCAUAACAUCCUGAUGAUUGUGGAUGAAGUGCAAACUGGAUUUGGACGUACUGGAAAAAUGUUUGCCAUUGAGCAUUGGCCUGGAGUAGAACCAGAUAUCCUUGUUAUGGCCAAGGGGAUCGCAAGUGGCUAUCCUUUGUCCGCUAUUGUGUCGAGAAAGGCCCUGAUGGAUCAGCAACCUCCUGGAUCGAUGGGUGGCACUUAUGCAGGCAAUGCUGUUGCCUGUGCUGCUGCAUUGGCCACGCUCGAUGUUUUUGAAGAAGAGCGUCUGUUGGAAAAUGUGAAUCAAAGAUCCGAGCAAAUGUUCAAGGAAUUGCGGGAGAAAAUCCCACCUUUGCUUCCCGAAUCCAUCCAACUUGACAUCCGUGGAUUGGGUCUUAUGAUUGGUCUUGAAUUUCGCAACGCUCCUACCGGUUUUGCGACCAGAAUCACCAAAGAAGCCCGCGAACAACACCACAUGAUCAUUAUCACUGCAUCUGUCUAUGAGACGCUGCGAAUGAUCCCUCCAUUAAUCAUCAGCGAAUCAGAAGUGACAGAUGCCAUUAACCGCUUAGCCGAAAGUAUUCGAGCAGCCGUUCAGGCUAUGGUAUGA